AUGUCUAAGAGAGGUCGUGGUGCCGCCUCCGGCAACAAGCUCAAGAUGACCCUCGGUCUGCCUUGCGGUGCCGUGAUGAACUGCUGCGACAACUCCGGUGCCCGUAACCUGUACAUCAUCUCGGUCAAGGGAAUCGGUGCCCGCCUGAACCGUCUCCCCGCUGCCGGUGUCGGUGACAUGGUCAUGGCCACCGUCAAGAAGGGAAAGCCCGAGCUCCGUAAGAAGGUCAUGCCCGCCGUUGUCGUCCGUCAGAGCAAGCCCUGGAGAAGACCCGACGGUAUCUACCUGUACUUCGAGGACAACGCUGGUGUGAUCGUCAACGCCAAGGGUGAGAUGAAGGGAUCCGCCAUCACCGGCCCCGUCGGUAAGGAGGCUGCUGAGCUCUGGCCUCGUAUUGCUUCCAACUCUGGUGUCGUUAUGUAA